AUGCAAUUCUUCAAAGCCGCCUCAGCACUCGCUUUCCUAACCUCGCUUGUCCAAGCGGACUCCGAUGUAAGAUACAUCACAUCUAAUGGUGUAGUGUACAGCUUCGCAGUUGUCACUAGUACUAUCAGACCUGCAACCACUUAUUUGAGUACUUUGUACUACACAACUACAGAAGUGGUUCCAGUGACAUUGGCUAAUGAGGUUAUCUCAUCGUCUACAAAAGCGGUCACGAAGACAUCUACAAUGUCAGUCACCAGCUCGGAAACCGCAGCACCGGCAAGUACUCAGGAGAGCUCGAGCCCUUCUUCGAGUUCGAGUUCAAGCCCAAGUUCAAAUCCUGGUUCUAGUUCAAGUCCUAGCUCCAGUUCUAUCGCGAGCUCCAGUUCUAUCGCGAGCUCCAGUUCUAUCGCGAGCUCCAGUUCUAGCUUCAGCUCUAGUGCUACCUCCAGCUCCAGCUCUAGCUCCAGCUCCACAUCCAGCUCUAGCUCCACCUCCAGCUCCACUGCAAGUUCCAGCUCCAUUUCUAGUCCUAGCUCCAACUCCGCCUCCAGCUCUACUUCCAGUUCUAGUGGUAUCACCAGCACUUUAAGUCCCUCUUCAAGCUCCAUGCAAAGCUCAAGCUCUUCACAAUUACCAAGCCGCACUUCUAGCUCUGGCGUAACGACUCUUUCUAAGUCUACUGUCACACCAUCCCCCUCUACUUCUUCAACACCUUUUUCUUCUCUCUCACUGACAGAAGAUGCCUACACCACUCAAUUCGAUGAAGACGGAUCGUGUACGGUGUACUACGACGAUAGUGAUUAUUACACUACGAUUUACUUGACAGACCCUGGCCAGUCUGUAGAUGCGUUCACCACAUACACUAGCACCAGCACAGUGUACCAAACCCUCUCACUUUAG